AUGUAUACAUUGAAUACUGCCGCGUCCGUCGAAUGGCUUUCACUUCACAACAACCAGUGGCAAGAACAACACGAACUAAUGCUUCAGCAACUCGAGCAGCUGAAUACCGAACUGAUUACGUCUGUGAAGUCUGAAUUCGAUUCCAAUUUAGUUUCAUCGCUUAACUUGGAAGCAUACGGUGUUCAAGAUUCAACUAUUCGUCGGAAGACUAACCACACGCAUAGAAGAAGGCAAACGCGUAAAGAAGAUGAAACGGUCACCUUGCCUCGCCGCCUGAGUGCAAGCAAAGCCGAGAGUACCUCCCACCAAAGAAAAUCAGUUGCAGAAAAACCCGAAACGGCAACCUCAAGCUACCCCACUUCAUAUGACGUCAAUGUUACAAAUUCAGUGAAACAAGAGGAACGUGACUCAGUGCCUAAGCAACAUUCUUCAGACCAUCCAGCCGAAUCUAGAAGUGCUCAAUCACAUUUCGCUCAUUCGCAAAGACGGCAGCAUCGGAACACGCGGCGUGUCCAUGAACCGCCAACAGAGACUGUCGCUGACAAUCCAGACACUUUAUUGCGAGAACCACCGGGUUUGUUACGCGGUGAUUCCAGGCCCACGGUUCCUUACAAUACCCGUGGAGGUCGUCGGCCCAGUCGAAGCCACCGGAAUCCAGGACGCGCUCCUCGAGUCAGCCGUGGUCGUGGUUUAUUCACUCAUCCACCUUCAACGCGGUUCCACGAUGUUCUGGACCUCACGGACUCGGACGAUUCUGAAAUUGGGGUGUAUGGUUUUACCAAAGAAGAAGAAUUCCAACUUCUGUGUCAAGGUAUAAAACCUUGGGAACCAGAGGCCUUUGAAGCCUUACAAAUAUUGAAUGACGGACCAACUUUUCCGCCGACGUACAAACAACAGACAGAUACCGGUUGGCGAGAGCUUUUCAUCGACUGGGUAGGUUCCCAGUCGUAUGCAAUCUUGCAACUAAAUUCGUUCAAAUCGAACGUGUGCGCUGAUCUGAAGAUAGACGAGUCAGUAAAAAGACCCCAACAGAUAGUCAAGAUUUGUGAGGAUCGGAAUCUCGCUUAUACACCCAGUGAAGAAAAGCUGACUGUACGCAUUAAUGAAAACAAGAGGUGUGCAGCCGAUGCUUUGUGCCCAGAGGCCGUUUGCGAAAGCAACUGGCCAGUUGACUGUGGAACAGCUGGCAAAUUUGGCAUGGGAAUCGGCCGAGCCGCCAUUGGCCACGUUGCAGUUGCAGGAGAACGAGGGGAUCCACCAGUGUAUCAACUAGCCAACAGCUUUCAGCCAUCAAGACAGAGUCCUGGAGACGUGUUCCAACAAACCGAUGCUACAACUGUGAAAUGUUCGACUACUGGAAUAAUCCGUGUCGUCGUAUCCGAUCACCUAUAA